GUAUAGAGGAAAGGAAAAUCUAGUGGUACCUAGAAAGAUUUACACAAGACUACAGGAAUGUAGCAACAGCUGGAAGUUUAUGUCACCUGUGGGGGUAACAAUGUUUUACUGUUCUUGCUGCUUUUUGGGUGAAGAUGCCUUAUUUGGACAACAGCUCAACGAUUCAGUGUUGAAUCGACAUCAGUUCAGUGUGUGAAUUGCAUUGACUACACCUCCCUAGCCCUGUAUUGCUAAUACAAUGCUUUUGGGGAACUGUCUGAGGUUUCUAGCUUAUGGUUUUUACCUAUGGAUUUUUCUUUUUCUGACCUUCCUCAGAGGUUCCCAUCAAGGUGAAUACCAAAGGAAACUUUACAGAGAACUUCUAAGGAAUUACAAUCGCCUUGAAAGACCUGUGAUGAAUGAUUCACAGCCUUUACUUGUAGAACUACAACUUUCUCUUCUUCAAAUAAUUGAUGUGGAUGAAAAGAAUCAAGUCUUGGUUACAAAUGCCUGGCUUCAGAUAUACUGGAAUGACGUCUACUUGACGUGGGACCAAUCUGAAUACCCUGGAGUCCAAACCCUUCGUUUUCCAUCUGAUCAGAUAUGGGUUCCUGACAUACUGUUAUACAACAGUGCAGAUGAAAGAUUUGAUGCAACUUUUCAUACUAAUGUUUUGGUCAACUCUUCUGGUGCCUGUCAAUAUAUCCCACCAGGAAUUUUAAAGAGCACAUGCUAUAUUGAUGUCCGGUGGUUUCCUUUUGAUGUGCAAAGGUGCAAAUUGAAAUUUGGAUCUUGGACUCAUAAUGGAUGGCUACUUGACCUACAAAUGUUAGAAGCAGAUAUUUCAAAUUACAUUUCUAAUGGAGAAUGGGAUCUAGUAGAUGUGCCAGGAAAAAGAAAUGAACUAUAUUAUGAUUGCUGCAAGGAGCCAUACCCUGACGUUACCUACACAGUGACCAUGCGCAGACGCACUUUAUACUAUGGAUUAAAUUUACUGAUACCAUGUGUCCUUAUAUCUGGGUUGGCGUUGCUCGUGUUCCUUCUGCCUGCUGAUUCGGGAGAAAAGAUAUCUCUAGGCAUCACUGUUCUGUUGUCACUGACAGUCUUUAUGCUGCUUGUAGCAGAAAUUAUGCCUGCAACAUCCGAUUCUGUACCACUAAUCGCUCAAUAUUUUGCAAGCAUCAUGGUCAUCGUGGGUCUUUCUGUGGUUGUGACAGUGCUAGUUCUACAGUUUCACCAUCAUGAUCCACAAGCAGGAAAAAUGCCAAGAUGGGUACGGGUUAUCCUGCUCAACUGGUGUGCAUGGUUUUUAAGGAUGAGAAAACCUGGAGAGAACAAGAGGCCUAUCCCCUGCCGAUAUACAUACCCCAAUCCCCACCAUUCCAGCAUUAGCAGCAUUGAAAUGAAUAUUACACCUGGACACCAAUCCACCAAUGGCAACCUGUACUGUGGUUACCACACCCUGGAAAGCCCUUGCUGCCCACCAAACAGUGACUCCGGUGUUAUGUGUGGAAGAGUGACAUGUCCUUCUCUGGAGGACAGUGACCUUGUUCAAAAGAAAUGCUUACGAGAAUGUAUUCCAGAGAUAGUUAAGAUAUUGGAAGAAGUGCAGUAUAUCGCCAGGCGUUUCAGAGACCAGGAUGAGGGAGAAGAAAUCUGCAGCGAGUGGAAGUUUGCUGCCGCAGUCAUUGACCGCUUAUGUCUUGUUGCUUUCUCGCUUUUCGCCAUUAUCUGUACAAUUACCAUCUUGAUGUCAGCGCCGAACUUUGUAGAAGCAGUUUCCAAGGACUUCACAUGAGAAAGCCUCAGGAAACUAAGGUUGCAAGCGUAAACAUUUAUUAUAAAGAAGUUAAUUGUUG